CGACCAAGCCUGCAACUGCAAGGCUCACGUUCUCAGCGAGCUCUCGAAACAAACUUUUCGGGGAAAAAAUCGAACAGAGAGAGAGAGAGAGAGAGAGGAGCGAGGGAGAGAAAUGGAGGAUUCGAAGAAGAGGAAGAUGGAAGAGACGGAUAACGACGGUGAAUCAACAACGCAAGAGGAGCUGCGGUUGCUUCUUGACCCUCUCGCCAAAUCUCAGCUCGUCGAUCUUCUCUCUAGACUUGGAACCCAAUAUCCUUCGGUUGCAGAAGAAAUUAAAGGUCUAGCCUGUGCAGAUCCUGUCCACCGAAAGCUUUUUGUCCGUGGCUUAGCCUGGAAUACUACUUCAGAUACCUUGUGUGAUGCAUUUCGUAUGCAUGGUGAAAUAGAAGAAGGGGCUGUGAUCUAUGACAAAGUAACUAAUAAAUCACGUGGUUAUGGUUUUAUCACUUAUAAGCAUAUGGAGUCAGCUCACAUUGCAUUGAGAGCACCCAGCAAAGUGAUUGAUGGCCGGAUGGCUGUGUGUAAUCUAGCUUGCGAGGGAUUAAAUGGAGCAAGUGGUACCCCUGAUUUAGCCCAGCGAAAACUCUAUAUUGGGGGUUUGUCACCAAAUGUCACAAGUGAGAUGUUGCUUAGUUUUUUUGGGAGGCAUGGUGACAUUGAAGAAGGUUCAGUUGCAUAUGAAAAAGAUACAAAUGAAUCACGUGGGUUUGGCUUUGUUACGUACAAGACCGUGGAGGCUGCGAAGAAAGCUAUAGAUGAUCCACAAAAGACCCUUGGGGGGAGGAAUAUAAUUGUGAAGCUUGCCGAUUCAAAAGGCAAAACCGUACAGACGCAUUUAUCUGCAGGUAUGGUUCCUGUACCAAUGCCUCUGGGAGCUGUUUACUCUCAGCCUGGAAAAGCAUAUACUGGUUCCGCCCCUCUUGGCUAUACAUAUCCCCAACCUGUAGCAUCAUAUUCAAAUCCUUCUUAUCCCAGUCCUCCCACAGUACCCGUGCCAUACCCAGCUCAAUCCCAAGUUUCAUAUGCACCGGGGGCUGUGAAGAAAGAUCCUAUUGGACCCCCACCGAUGGCACCUACAGGAAUGGGUGGGUAUCCGUACUACCUUGGUAGACAAUAACUGGAGCAUUCUAAUCAUUGUAACAUUGAAGAUCAGAGCUGCCUUUGUUUCAACCCUUGCACCUUGGGUCCCUGCCCCCUUACGGUCUUAGUAGUGGAUGGUUUGUGUACCAACUCUGUCCAUAAGUUGUCUUUGUAGAAGUACGUAGUUGGAGAAUACUUUUUUGUUUCUCAGUUAUCACAAUAAGAGAUUAUAGAAGCUCCCGUUCGUUACUUUUCUUA